AUGGCCACAGAUAAAAUCUGCCCUCGAUCGAUAAAAACUCUUUCCCAAACGUGUAUUUUUGCCAGUUUCUCUCUCGUAUAUUUUAUUUUCGCGCAGACUGCUUCGCAAACGUUUUUAUCGCCGGAAAAAAAAAAAAAAAAAGCAAACAAAAACGUCGCGGGAGGUCUCGGAGUUUUGGUUUUAGGGCUCGUUGGAGAGAAGCAGAAACGGGACUCCCCUCCCAGGAGAAAACAACCGAUUCCCCGUCAUUUCGCUACAAAAACGAACAACGGAUUGUUUCGUCUCCUUCGGGAAAAACAGCGGCGAGAAGGCCUGAUCCUGCUCCGCGAGGGCUUCCCUGCGGCGCGGCAAGGGCAGGGGGGACCCCGCAGCCCGCUCCUGGCGCCCCCGGGGCGCUCCCCACCCCCGCUCCGCUCCGCUGCCGCGGAGGGCAAAGCGCGCGUCGUGACAGCGCAAGACGGAUCGGAUUUGCGCGGCCAGCAGGAAGUAUCCGAGAAGUCAGACCUUUAUCUCCUCUGGAAAACAUCCUGCGGACAGACAAGCUGCAAACGCCCUGAAAUCCUUGCAGCCGGUUCUAGCUUCCCAGUCCGGUGGGAACCUUUCCACGGGACGGGAGCAGGAUCAGGCCACGGCGCCGCGGGAGCGGCAGGGCAGCGGCGCUCCGCUUUCCCCGGCCUCCCACCCCGCUGCCCGCAGAGCUCUGCCCUUCGAAACAGCUCGCUUCUGAUAGUGUCUGGAAGGCAUUUAACAGGAAAAAAGGAAAAAAAGCAACGAGGGGCUGUGAAAGUCAGCCCUCCCCCGCGAGGAGCUCGUCUGGGAGCGGGAGUCAGGCCCAGUCCCGAGCAGGCAGCGAGAGCAACCUGCAAAGCGGCAGGAGGGAGCAGGGUCCGCUUCAAACACGGCCUUUCGCCCCUGCAGCCAGCAGAAAAGCUGCGGUUUGCCUCACCCCUCCGUCCCUCCGUCGCCUGCAUUUAAACCUCGAGGGCUUGGGUGCCGUGUGGCGGGGUGGGCUAGAGACGGUUUUUCAGGGCCCUCUUCGGGGAUCCUGUUUUCCUUUACUCCCUUUACCGUGUAUUCAAGGUCUGAUUCUGAUUCACACUUCUCGACCUGCAACCAAAAGCCAUCCCCGGAGAGGGAGCCCGCUUUAGGAGCACUCAGGGUGCAGCUCCAGGGUCGAAGCGCCCCUUUUUGGAGGCGCGAGGAGCCCAGCGUAGGGCUGGGCCGGGGCUGGCCGGUGCCCGCAGCCGGAGCCCGGAGCUCCGCUCGGGAGCCGAGCCGCGCUGCUGCAGCAAGCCCCGGCCCGCCGCGGUGCAGCCGGUCGCUUUGCCCCCUCUGCUCGGCCCCGCACACACCGCCCUCGGCCGAGACGCCGUUUGCAGCGGGGAGCCGGGCUCCGGCGGGCUGGUGGAGAGCAAAGAAGGGGAAGAGAGGCGGGGGGCAUGUGGAAGCUGAGCCCCGACCCGAAAAGUCCGUGAGCUGCUGUAUGUCAGUGACUUAUUCAUCAAUCAGCCGGACACAGAGCAGACCUGGCCUCUCUUUGCGGAGUGUUUGCUUUUUCACCAAUUAUUGCGGCCCUGCAGCUCUUUUUGUUGAUACAGUAGUUCUAAAAAGUGCUAAUGUUCAUUUAUCAGGGGGCCGAGGCCGGGUCUCCCACUAGUUGUGAUUCUUCCAAAAAUAUAAACACGCAGAGAAGGGCUGAGGCUAAAGCCCCCAUUUGUUUCUAAACUGCAGUAUUAAAAGUGAUGCAUUGUUGAAGAUAAA